AUGUACUGGUCUGACCCCCGAUGGAGUGUCACCGAUCUCCAAGUUUUCAUUGAUUUUAGUAUGACCUAUGCUCUGACCCCUGAUGGAGUGUCCCUCAUCUCAAGGUUUGUGGACAUGACGGGUGAUAUACAGACGGCUGCCCUGCUGUGUGUGUUCUCUCUCCCCAAUGAGAUGUCCAAGGACGAGCGAGUUCUGAACUGGAUAGAAUCAUCUAAAUUUGACAUCAUCUGGCGGGCCGGUGACAACUUCUGCGUUAUCUUCCAGGCGUUUGUCAGCUGUAACUUCUGCGGAAAAUCCAUCGCCUGUAACAUGCCCGUCGCUAGUCGUGCUCGACCACACAAUUCUUACUCAGCCGGAACAUUGACGUCCACAAAACCAAAGAUAUCGUGCUGCCCCGGAUGUAGAAAGCCCCUCCCCCGGUGUUCCCUGUGUCUGACUCACCUAGGGACGCCCUCAGGGUCUGCUCUGUACACACAGAAGGACAAAACAACAUAUUCAGCAAAGAUGACGGCCAUUGACGAUUGGUUCACCUGGUGUCAAUCAUGUAGACACGGAGGCCACGCCUCUCACCUGUUAGAGUGGUUUGCUGAGCACUCUGAAUGUCCCGUCACUGGGUGUAACUGUAAAUGUUCUACCCUGGAUCACACUGCCAGGUUAGCGGCCGAGAGCUGACCAGAAUUUCAGUCUGUAUUGUGCAAAACUUUACUACUGUGAAAACUUGGAACUAAUUACACAUGACACUUCCUAUUGUGUGGGAGCUUGCAAAAGACAAAACGCUUUGGAAUAUGUCAGAAUACUUGAACAAAAUUGCAAAGGUUUUACUUUAACCGUGCUGCCAAAACAGUGAACGCCUAAAGAACAUGCAUGGGAAUUAACAUAAUUCAGAACAUAAAGUAACAAUCGAGGGGAAGUUUGCAAUGAUUGCAUAUUAUUUGUUCUACAAAUGACUCAAGACAGUGUCGUAUUUUUAUAUUUAAAAGUUAUGUGAUUAAAACAUUGGUAUAUUGAUCAUUAAUGUAAUUAAAAAAGUGAUUUCACAAUCAA